ACCUCCAAAAAUCUAAUUUUGAAGUCAAUUUAUUUACCAUUGGCAUGUCAAAGCGGCAAGCCUUAUCCGCAAUUAAAUAAAACCCACGUUUUUUCCGUUGUUACCAACGCUUACAAUGAUUAUGGGACAAUAGUCUUUCUUGUCCGCUUUUCUGGGGUUGCUCUAUUUGCUCAUUUAGCUGCUGCCUGGGCCGAUUGCAGCUGCCGCGAUCAUGGCAGCCUUUGGGGUUUUAGCGAUGAUGGUCUUGAGUGUGUGUUUUGUGGUGGAGGGGAAGUACAUAGUUUACAACACCUCGGCAGGCGUUGUGCCCGGGAAGAUUAACGUGCAUUUGGUUCCUCACACGCACGACGAUGUUGGGUGGUUGAAGACUGUUGAUCAAUACUAUGUUGGAUCGAAUAACUCCAUCCAGGUCGCCUGUGUGCAGAAUGUGUUGGAUUCAUUGAUUCCAGCGCUGUUGGCUGAUAAAAACCGGAAAUUCAUUUAUGUUGAACAGGCGUUUUUUCAGCGGUGGUGGAGAUGGCAGAGCGAUGAAAUGAAGGAGACGGUGAAGAUGCUAGUUAGCUCGGGUCAACUUGAGUUCAUAAAUGGUGGUAUGUGCAUGCACGAUGAAGCUGCAGCUCAUUACAUUGAUAUGAUAGACCAGACAACACUAGGCCACUGGUACAUUAAACGGGACUUCAAUGUCACUCCUAGAAUUGGUUGGCAGAUUGACCCGUUUGGUCAUUCUGCUGUACAGGCUUAUCUUUUGGGAGCAGAGGUGGGAUUCGACGCUCUAUACUUUGCACGAAUUGAUUACCAAGAUAGAGCCAAGAGGAGUGCUGAGAAGAAGCUUGAGGUUAUCUGGCAGGGUUCCAAAACUCGUGGUUCUUCCUCUCAGAUAUUUACAGGUGCUUUUUAUGCCGGAAAUUAUGAGCCUCCAACUGGAUUUUAUUAUGAAGUCAAUGACGAUUCCCCUAUAGUACAGGAUGACAUUGAGCUAUUUGAUUACAAUGUUCAAGAACGUGUUGAUGCUUUUGUAGCUGCUGCCUAUUUUCAGGCUAAUGUUACUCGUUCGAAUCAUAUAAUGUGGACUAUGGGAACAGAUUUCAAAUAUCAAUACGCACAUACAUGGUUCAGGAAUAUGGACAAGCUCAUACACUAUGUGAAUCAAGAUGGCCGUGUCAAUGCCUUAUAUUCGUCUCCAUCCAUAUACACCGAUGUGAAACAUGCUCUGGAUGAAUCAUGGCCUCCUAAACUUGACGACUACUUCCCGUAUGCUGACCGUAUAGAUGGUUACUGGACUGGAUAUUUUACGAGUAGGCCUACCAGUAAAGGCUUUAUUAGAGAGCUGAGUGGCUACUAUUUGGCAGCAAGACAGUUGGAGUUCUUUCGAGGAAGAAAUAAAUCCGGCCCUACAACUGACUCCUUAGCUGAUGCUUUGGCAAUAGUACAACAUCAUGAUGCAGUUUCUGGUACUGCAAAGCAGCAUGUGGCUGAUGACUAUGCAAAAAGGCUUUCAAUAGGUUAUGAGGAGUCCAAGGAUGUCGUAGCGACUUCCCUUGGUUGUCUAACACAAUCACCAUUUUCUUCAGAAUGCAAAAGUCCUGUCACAAACUUCAACCAGUGCCCACUGCUGAAUAUAAGUUAUUGUCCUGCAACAGAAGUUGAUCUUUCUGUUGGGAAAAAAAUAGCAGUACUUGUUUAUAACCCUCUGGGGUGGAAAAGAACAUCUGUUGUCAGGAUUCCCGUCAUCAACGAGAAUCUCUCCGUAUCAGAUUCUACUGGAAAAUUGAUUUUGUCACAGCUUCUUCCUAUAGUUAAUGCUUCAUUAUCCAUGAGAAAAUUCUAUGCUAGUGCAUAUACAGGUGAAUCGCCUUCGUCCGUUGCCAAAUAUUGGCUUGCUUUCACAGCAGUAGCUCCACCUUUGGGUUUCAGUACUUAUGUGAUCUCAAGUGGUCAAUCUUCUGUUUCGACAAAAUUUGUACCAAACUCCUUUGAUACUGGUGGCAUUGAAGUCGGGCAAGGCAAUUUGAGGCUUAUAUACUCUGGAAAGGAUGGCAAGCUUAUGAAAUACAUUAAUGGAAGAAACUCGGUCAAUGUGUCUCUGGAGCAAUCCUAUAGUUAUUAUGUUGGGAGUACUGAUGAACUUCAGGCUUCUGGAGCAUAUAUUUUUCGUCCUAAUGGCACAUACACAAUACAGUCUGAAGAAAAGAUUCCUCUCACAGUACUUAGAGGCCCACUCUAUGAUGAAGUUCAUCAGACAUUUAGUUCGUGGGUAUAUCAGACUACAAGAGUUUACAAAGAGAAGGAACAUGCUGAGGUUGAAUUUACUGUUGGACCCAUACCCAUAGACGAUGGAAAGGGAAAAGAGAUUGUGACAAAACUCAAAACCAUGAUAGGAAACAACAAAGCAUUCUAUACAGACUCAAAUGGACGCGAUUUUCUGGAGCGGAUUCGAGACUACAGAACUGACUGGGACCUUCAAGUCAACCAGCCAAUUGCUGGAAAUUACUACCCUAUCAAUCUUGGAAUUUACAUCAAAGACGAUAGCACAGAGAUGUCAGUUUUGGUGGAUCGGUCGGUUGGGGGAUCAAGUAUUAUUGAUGGUGAAGUCGAGAUAAUGCUGCACAGGAGACUGCUAAAGGAUGAUGGUAGAGGUGUUGAUGAGGCUCUAAAUGAAACCGUCUGUGCUCUUGAUACAUGCACGGGAUUAUCUGUCCAAGGAAAGUACUAUCUCAGAUUUGAUCCACUUGGAGAGGGAUCCAAGUGGCGUCGAUCGGUUGGACAGGAGAUAUACUCACCUUUCCUUCUGGCCUUCAGUGAGCAGGAUGAUAAGUGGACAAAUUUUCCAACACCAACUUUUUCAGCCAUGGAUCCUUCUUACAGCCUACCUGACAACGUUGCAAUUAUAACACUCCAGGAGCUUCAAGACGGCGCUGUUCUCCUCCGUUUGGCACAUCUAUACGAGGUUGGAGAGGACAAGGACUUAUCUAGCUUGGCAACUGUGGAACUGAAGCGAGUUUUUCCACAUCGGAAGAUCAAUAAAAUCAAGGAAAUGAGUCUAUCUGCCAACCAAGAAAGAGCAGAAAUGGAGAGGAAAAGACUGUCUUGGAAAGUAGAAGGCUCUGACACAGGACACCCCUCUGAUUCCAGAGGGGCCCCUGUAGAUCCCGUGAAGUUGGUAGUCGAGCUUGCCCCCAUGGAAGUACGGACAUUCAUCCUCGACUUAGACUCAGAUAUCAUCCAGUACUCCACGAGGUGAAUGAAGUGAACGUGGAUGCAUCAUAAGGCUGAGAAGUUUCAGCUGUUUUUGUGGUGAGAUGUGAUAAUUGUUGCUUUGUUGUCUCCAUCUCUCUAUUGUUGUUGCCUUGAGAAAACAUGGAUAAGUUUCUUGUGUUGUAAUAACUGAAAGUGUAAAUUGUGUAACAUGGCUUUUUUCAUGCAAUAUAUCAAGGCGUCAAGAUCAA